UUUGGUUUAGCAUAUUGGGGAAACUGAUCAUCUUCCCUUUGUCCACCCUCUGCUGCAUCCAUGGCCAAGAAAAUCGUGAUAAAGGUUACCAUAGGUUGCGGGAAAGACAAGAAGGAUAUAAUGAAAUUAGUCGCCAAACUCAAAGGUAUCAACGAAAUGAAGAUAGACAUCGAGAAGGGAACGUUAACUAUCAUAGGAGACGUGGAUCCGGUGUGCGUGAUCAAGGCUCUGAGAAAGAAGUGCGGGAUAUGCGCGGAAAUUGACUCGGUCGGACCAGAAAAGCCUCCGGAACCUAAAAAGCCCGAAUCGCCUAAAUGCAAGCCGCCCGAAUGCCCUUCUUCAUGCAAGUGCCCGAAGUGCGUGCCAUGCCCUCCUUGUUGCCAGUGCUCACGGUGUGUGCUGUGCCCUCGACCGUGCCCUCCGCCGUGCCCUCCGCCGUGCCAACCUUGUCCUCCUCGCCCUUGCGAUUACGAUAGGAACUCCUGCCCCAUCCUAUGAACGACGACUCGGGUGUUGUUUAACCUUUGCCAAAAUCACGUUUUUUUACUCUUACUUCUGUCAAUUUCUGGCGACGGGACAAAUAAAGGGAUCAUCGUCCCUUGGCAAAUGUUUAUCGUCUUUCCAAAAUGUCUGCUAGCCAGCCAAAUUCGUCAUAUGGCGCAGCUGUCAUUGACUUAUCGAUGUGGCAUGACUGGUUUUGUCCA